AUGGAGAAGUUUAAGGAGGUGCAGGAGCUGAAAUUCCAGUACCGCAGUAUGCUGAUCUAUGGCCUGGUGACCUUGCUCACAGCCAGUGGGGAGCGCAUCUUCUCUACUGAAGUAUUCCAGUGCCCCUGCCACGCCACCUGGAACCUGUCCUAUGGCCUGGUCUUCCUGUUGGUGCCUGCACUGGUGCUCUUCUUGCUGGGCUACUUGGUGAGGGAAAACAUCUGGCGUCUGCUGACCGGUUGCUGCAAAGUGGGUCCCCCAAUGAGCCUUGGCAUAUGCCUCCAAAAGACCAGAAUUUGUUGUCAUCUCAGCUGGACCACAGCGCUUGCACCUCUCACCUGGGUGGCUGUGGCACUGCUUCAGGGCACAUUUUUCGAGUGUGCCAGCAGUGGGAGUAUCUACAUUGCACAGUAUCUGUGCUCCAAGCUCUAUGUCAGUGGCACCUAUGACUACGGCAACUGCACUGACCAGCUACCAUUGGUGCCCUGCCAGAAGGCCAAGGUGGAUGAAGUGCAGGCCAUCCUGAAACAACUCAAGACCCUCUCACAGGUGUCUGGCUGGAUCCUGAUAGCUUUGGUUAGCAUCAGCCUUCUGAUCAGUACAUGUUUAGGCCGAUGUCAAUCUCCAGUUAGUUUUCAGCAGCGGAAUUUUUGGAAAAUUUAUUUGAAACAGGAGCAGAAGUUCUUUAAUUGUGAAGCCACGAAGUGUGCAAGUGAAUUGGCAAAAAGGAAUGCUAAAAGUUUCUUUGAGACCUUAAGUGAAAAUGAAAACACUUUAACCAAAGAAGGGGAACACAAACCAAGCAGUGAAGAGGUGUACAUUCCAAGCACUGAAGACUGGAAGCAGAUUUCAUCACUAUAUACCUACAAUACGAAAGCACAUUACUACAGCGUGCUGCACCAGUAUGCUAAUAAAAGAGGGAAACCUCAUGAUAGCAGGACUUCUCAAAGAAAGACACUGUAUCCUGCUUUGGACUUUGUGGAUGAAAACUUUCUGAGCCCCACUGAUUCUACCUUAUGA